AUGACAUUUGUGUGCAAUUUGAAUUAUGGUCCCUAUGGGAGCUCCUCCUGGUUUUGGAAGAAGGCCAGGUUAGCUGACUUUAUGUCAACAGAGACAGCCUUUGGACCUUUGUGGCAGAAGUAUUUGCCAAAGAUCUGUGCAGAAAGAAGGAUCACAGAGCCUUCUGAUCCUGGUGAGGCCCAGACCAUGUUUGACCAACUCAUGGAGCUUCAGAAUUUCACUGACAAGGGGCCCCUCAUCAAACUGAUGAGGUGGUUUUCCUGGUUUGAGUCGAUGGUCUUUUAUGAUGGUGAGUUGCAGGCCACCAAAAUGGUCCUGGAACAUGCACAGGCUGGGGCAGAGGAAGGGUCUGAGAAGGAGGUGGAGGAAGGACCUGUAGCUGCCAAUGCAGACCACAAACAGGAGUUGAAUGAGCUCAAGAAAAGAAAGGGCAUUUGGAAGCUGGCACCUGAGCUGAUCUGUGACAGGACACUUGCUGUCAAGGAUGUCAUCCUUUCUGUGGGGAAGGCCACCUGGCAAACCUUUGCUGCCAGGGCCAGGGAUUUGGUGUCUCCAGAGCACAUUUUGGAGUACAACAUCAGUUGUUCUGGCAAGCAGUACUGGAAGCAUGAACUGGUAGAAAUUCUGCACACCUCCUUGAAUGAUCGCAGGCACCUGGCACAUUUGGAGACUAGGUACCAGACUCAUGAGAAUGUUGUGGUGUGGCAAGUUGACUUGAUGGAGAAGCUCCUAGAACAAAGGGCGAUGAGUUUGUGUGCAUACCACACCCUCCCACCACUGAGCUUCAGCCAUGUGUUGGCACCCAGUGCAGAGGUGUCAUUGCAGGCCCACAACCUGGCCAACCAACAGUGGAAGAUUUUGCUGGAAGCAGAAAUGGCUGACAAUGAAGGCGCUGAUGUACAGCCAUUGUCAUUCCUACACUGGAGAAAGAACCCAUUUGUGAGGCUGGUUUUCAUGGCCUUUGAAGAAGAUCAGGUCAAGAGGAGGGCCUUCACAUCAGAGAGUGCAGCUGGAAGACUGAUGAGAGUGGUGGCACAAACUCUGGGAGAUUCGAGGGUCAUCGAAAAUGUCCAUCAAUUUGGCAGGGACUUGUUCAGACAGUCCAAAGCCAAUUCCUUUGCCAACACUACAAUCAUGGCAAACUGCCUCAGAUCAAAGGUGCUUGAAGGCAGGAAGGUGGACUGCAUUGGUGCAGAGACUAUUGAGAAGAUCAUUGGAAAGCAGUGGCAGCCACAAUUCAAGGGCAAUGUCAACAGUAGCUUAAGGAGCUUUGGCAAAAAGAUGCCCAAAAGCAUACAGAAGCUGAUGCAGCCACAGAGCAAGACACACUCCUGGCCAACUCCAGGACCACACUCUUUGUUCCAGUCUUGCGCUGCUGGUCAAUGGCUCUUCUCUUUCUGGGGUAGCAAGACUGGACAGUUUGCUGGGUACAAUGUGAACUCUGCCUGGCUGACUUGCUUGGCAAGGCCAGGGAGCAUUUUGGCGCAAAAGUCCACAGGCCUCUUAUUGAAAGUGGUGGCUGGGGCAGAGUUUGGCUUGUUAGCUGUGACUUUGCAUGUUGUCCGGCAUGGUGGAGGUGAUUCCCUUUAUGUCUGUGACCCCAGAAGAGAGAGCAUACAGUGGCAUCACAUAUUUGACCUUGAAGACUGGCUUGAGUUGCAAGUGGCACCAAUCUUGACCAAUGCUGUGAGAGGACCCAUAGGGUGGAAACAAGAGGGCUGCCCUUUGCCUUUGGAAGCAGCCCCUUUGAUCUUUGGGCAUCCAUUGACACACAGUCAGAUGAGGAAAUUGCUGCAGGAAGUGACAGGCCAAGAGAUUGCAGGGAACUAUGCAAAGGCAAAGCUGCACCUCCAGCUAAUUGAAGCUGUGGUGCCAGAGGAGUUCGUUGAGCAAGCCAAGAAACACAUUGAAGAGAAAAAAAAAAGGAAGAGAAUUAUGACACUGAUUUGUCUGAGGUUGUAUCAGAACUAG